AUGGAGACGUAUGGACAGCGUUCAUUUUGGCAAGUUUGGCACGUCAGUCUCUGUGACAAGCACUCUGGCUUCCUCUCAAAACUCCACUAUCGCUUAGCACGACCUGCUCAGCGGCCAAGGAGUGCCAUGUCAAAUCAAACACCCUCUCGGGAACGAAAGCUUAGCUUGGGCCUACAACGUCGUCAUACAGACCCAACUGGGUUCAAGCUACCAACACUGCGGCAAGUCCUACAAAAUGAGUCAUGUCAUCCAUUUACACUUGCUCAAUUCCGGGGUUGUGUAGCGAAAGAGCAUGCGCUUGAGGCGCUUGAAUUUUACCUCGCUGUAGAGAUGCUGGCACAUAUCCCACGGGAACAUCUGAUGGCUCAAUGUAUGCAGCUGAUUGUACGCUUCAUCCAAGAAUAUGCACCCCAAGCCAUCAACAUCGAUGCACGUUUACGGCAGCGUAUCAUUGCUGAGCCGAGUGUGUUAAAUUUGGCAGAGGCGCAGGAGGAGAUGUUCCGGUUGCUUGAGGAAAACACAUUUCGUCGCUUCAUCAAAAUGCAUUGCUUGCAUCAAGAAGCAUCGCUAUGCGUGUGUUGA